CAUUCUGUCGUUUAAAAAAAGUGAAUUGUUCGCGAACUGCACAACACUACUUCAAACUAAAAGUUCGACCUUUCUUUGGUAGGUAUGUGUUCUCUAUUAAAGAACACAUCUAAACCGCCAGUGAUUUUGCUAAUAUAUUAUUCACAAAUUGAGUUAACGCCUCGCUUUUUGUUAUUGAAAUUUAUUUUAUUUCAUGCGCUGAUCAUUUGGCUUUUAUUUCGAUUUGUUUUCCCGGAAGAGGGAGGAUUCACGUUACGUAGAAACGGACUUACUUCGCUGCGCCAGAGUUCAGAGUGUAACGUAGAUAUAUAUGAUCAGUUAUUGUUAUUUGAGUAUGUAAGUAGUUGUCAAAGGUCUUCAGUCGUAUAGGAGUCUUCACAAGGUAACGUUUGGUCUCUAGACUGCCCUCUAGAUUAGUCUCAGACAUGGCGUCCAACACUGAUUUCCUUUUGCAGUUUACAGAAUUUGACGAAGCUGAUCGGGCGCUGGAGGACAGCAGAGAUGCCACCACCAUCAGAAUUGAGGACACGGAUACAGAACGUCACAAACCACAGAAACAGCGUAGAUCUGCCCCAGUGAUGUCCUUUGAGGAGGACCCACUGGCCAACGAUGACCAAACUGAAUUACUGUCUGGGCAGAAGAAAAGUGCACCUUUCUGGACCUUUGAAUACUAUCAGACAUUCUUUGAUGUUGAGACCCACCAGGUGAAAGAGAGAAUCCUGGGGUCUCUACUACCAUGGCCAGGGAAGAACUUCGUCCGUCUCUACAUUCACAACAACCCUGACCUUUAUGGACCCUUCUGGAUCUGUGCCACUUUGGUCUUUGUCAUCGCCAUCUGUGGAAACAUCUCUGACUUCCUGGUUUAUCUGGGGAACCCGCAGUAUAAGUAUGUCCCGGAGUUUCGGAAAGUGACCAUUGCGGCCACGGCCAUCUACAGCUAUGCGUGGCUGGUUCCCCUGUUUCUGUGGGGCGUGUUGGUCUGGAGGAACUCCAAGGUCAUCAACAUGGUGUCAUACUCCUUCCUGGAGAUAGUCUGUGUCUACGGAUACUGCCUGGCAAUCUACAUACCUGCUGUGGUGCUGUGGAUCAUUCCAAAUGAAGCGGUCCGGUGGUUGUCCAUUGCUGUGGCUCUGUUUCUUUCCGGCUCCGUCCUGGUGUUGACCUUCUGGCCGGCCGUCCGCGAUGACCAACCUCGGGUUGCCAUAGCAAUCAUGGUGGCCAUCGUGGUCCUCCACACCCUGCUGGCUGUCGGUUGUAAGGCUUACUUUUUCAAAACGCUGGAGGUGGAACAAACGGCCCCUGUUGGGAUACAGACCAACUCAUCACUGAGCUCACUGAACCGAUCCACUGUCCUGACAAGGUAAAAUGAAGUUGCAGUGGCAACGGUGUCAUGUGCCGUAUUGGUGACUGACCUGCUGCACGAACCUCACCCGGGUGGUCUUCCUUUCAAGCCCUUAAAGACACUGUAACGCAUUACAGCAGAGACACCUGGGGCCCAUCCAUUAGGCACCAAACGGACCACAACAAUAACGGAGAACUACUUGGACAUGGUCCAGGGACUAAGCCUAAGUGCUGUUUCCUUUUGCAUUGUUUUAAAAAUAAAGAAAAUGUAGUGUGCCAUAAUGAAUACGGCCUUGGUCUGGGGAUCUGGCCUCUGGGACGGGACAAUGGGGUCUGCAGGUUAUCUUUCUGCUGGGACGUUUCUAAACUGCCUUAAAGAUAUUUAAUCAGUGUAGUACUUAUUACUACAAAUGGUGUAGGCUGUCAGAGUUCAUCAGUUGACUCAAUUCACUUUUUAUAUUUUGUAUUCACUUUUCCUGGGAUUACAUUUGUCUGAAAGCAUUGAUAAAGCUAAACAUCUACACCGAUAUGUAAAGACCUCUUGACAUUGAUUUUACAUAAAAUGUGUUUUCUCAAUUUGACAUUUACAGUGGUUCCCAACCUUUUUAAGUUUCCACCAAAUUAAUUUUGCUCUUCCCAGAAUACACAUCAACUACCCCUUCAUGUUUGUUUUGCCCUAUGGUGUCAUGUGUCUUCUGAGGUAUCCACUGUGGAUAGGCCAUGUACCCCCAGGGGUCCUAGUUCCCCUGGUUGGGAACCCCUGUAUUAGACUAUUGAGCUGUAAUUAUUCUUGUAAUGUUUUUUCCGAAAGCAAGUUGUGCAGGCUAACAUUUUUCUCAGCUUUUACAGCCUUCGUUAUUAGACUUGAGUGGUGUUACCUAAUCCUGUGUUUGAAAGGUGGGUUUGUUCAGUUCAGAGAGUAGCGUUGUUAAGUGUUAACUCAUGCUGCAGCAUUGUGCUGUUGCUUGUUUUUGCAUGUCUGUUUUUGCUGGUCAACAGUGGGUCCUUUCAAAGGGAAAUGUCUAGACUAUAGGUGAUAACAGGGCUGAACCAAAACUGUUAAUACAUGGCACAGGUUUUACCACAACUACUGACCUUUACUUUAAAUGUUUUACUUUGAAUUGCCAUCCUCUAAAUAUUAUGCUUCACUUUGAUUUAUAUUAAUAAGAUUGUUUACUGGUAACACACUGAAAGACUCUACUUUGUAUUAUAUAUAUUUAUAUAAUAGUGUGUGUGUGUGUGUGUGUGUGUGUGUGUGU